AUGGGUACUGACGCCCAUCAGUCAUCUCGUCAGCGCAAGCUACCCCCACCAUCGCGGCCUGCACAUCCCUCGAGCCAGACGCGGAAUCGCCAGUGGCUGUGGCAGACCUGCACAGAGUUCGGCUACUACCAGACCACGGACUCAGCCAAGCAGCCGUUCGGCCACUGGAGGACUCUGCCCUACUACACUGACAUGUGCUCCUUCAUCUUCGGCUCAGAGUACACGGCGGAGAGGGUGGAGGAGGGCGUGAGGAAGGCCAACCUGCUGUACGGGGGUCGCACCCCCAACGUCAACAACGUUGCUUUCGUGAACGGCGGCCUCGAGCCGUGGCACGCGCUCGGAGUCCUCGAGGACAUCAACGAAUCAUCCCCAGCCAUCGUCAUUGAGUACGAGUCGCACUGCUCGGACCUGUACGCCCCGUCACUUCUGGACAUCCCACAGCUGACGGCAGCCCACGACGGGAUCGAGCAGCUCGUCGCCCAGUGGAACAGUUAG